AUGAAAUGUUUAUUGUUUAUAAUCCUUUUACUCAAAAUUGUCUUUUCAUUUGAGAAUGAAGAUGAGCUGAAAGUUCUUGAGGGAAAAUUCCCAGAUAGUUUUGAACUCGAAUCAUACAAGUUUUUCAAAUUGUUGAACGAUGAAGAGUAUGAAACUGUUCGAUGGGUGCUUGAGACAAUGAAAGGAGUGAAAUGCUUUAAAAAGUUGAUGAAUAAAAGCCGAGAAAAAGACGAGGAAUUGUAUCAACGAUUGAGUAAACUUUAUCCAAAAUAUCGAAAAAUGGAGCAUUCGUUGACAUCAGAAGGGAAGAUUUACAUAAAAGUGGUCUACUUGGCGGCUCGAGAGAAUUUACUCAAUCAAAAUCAAACAGAAACAGCUGAAUGGAAAAUUUUGACAAACGAGCAGGGAGAUAAAAUGAAAAAGAUUUUUGAAAAUCUCUCCGAUGCGGCUCAGGAGAAUCUAUUAGAAGAAUUACCCGUUUUCACAAAAUUCAUCAAAGAUGAUCUCUACAAGAAACACAGAAAUUUCUUUGAUGUUUAUCUCGAUGAA